GGGGUAAAAAUGGACUAAAACAACUAUUCCCGUUCCGUUCAAUUCAAAUUCCCACACAAACACUUUCCCGCAAUUAGAACGAGGUUCAGAAUUCAAAAACCCUAAGAUUCAAAAUCCUUCACAAAUUUCAUAUUUUCUCCAAAUCACAUCUAGCUCAUGGCCUCAAAAGAUGAAGAACCUUUCAAUACCGAGACUGACGAAGAAACCAUCGCUUUGAGGAAGAAACGGUUGCGACGUGUGAGUUUUGCCGACCGAGAAAUCACUUCGGUUCACAUAUUCAACCGAGAUGAGGACUAUGAACAGGAGUCCGCAGCGGAACCGAGCUCUGUGGACGAAGACAACAUGGUUCUUGGCUUUUUCAGAGACUUAGCAGCAGAUAGCGACGACUCCAGGGAAAUGUCACCUGAGGGCGAUGACGACGAAGAGACCGCUUCGAGCAAAUCAUUUUUAAGGCCAAUUGAGACGCCUUCUCCUGGAAGUAGUAUCAUUGGCUCAGCUACUUCUAAUGACGAAAACAACUUUUUUGGUCCUGUAUCAGCCAGAUUUAUUAGACCUGGCCGGUUGUCUGAUUCUGCUGCUUCAGAUGAUAACCAUGAUAUCACAAUGGAUUCAACGGCAUUUUCAAUGCAUUACCGUAGUCUUGUUAGGUCAGAGUCAGGAGACAUCAAGAUGCCAGCAGAGAGUUGUUCUGCCUUUGAAGAGAAAACACCUUCCCAGGUUGGCACUCCAUCUGAUUCAGGAAGUUUCAUGGUACUAACAAAAGCCAAGAAGCCCAUAAGCCUGACAUCAUCACCUGUUGGUAAAGUUGGUGUCAGUAGAGAUUCAAAUGAUAUGACUCUUGUGGGAGAGAACCCACAUAGGUAUGAUUAUGGGAGACUAUCUCCUACAUUAGAAGCUCUUUUAGCAGAAGGUAGUCAGGAUAUCCAUGCUGUUCCUAUCAUUGAUGCAAAGUCAUCAGAGAGGAAUGAGGUUUCCAUUUUUAAUGAGAAUGGAAGUGUCAUGAUGAGUAUAAAGGAUGACAGAGAUACAGAUAUGUGCAACGUUGGCCCUGAUAAUAUUUCACAAGAGAGGAUUUCUGUGGCUCAUUUUCAGUUUGGUGAGGUAAAUGGUGGUACUACAUCCACUCAUAGGGAUCAGAUUACCUCUAAUUCCUUGUCACAUGUAACUGAUGAUCCAACUACUGAUGCCUUUUUUAAUCACCAAGUCCAAACCCCUAAUCAGCUUGAUAAAGUAAACAAAGUGGUUAUUAAAGCCGUGACUGGGACAAACAAUGUUGAGUUCCCUACAAUAAGUAGUGGCACCCCACCAGGUGUAAGUCUGAAGAGUAAUGAUUGUCUGUCUAGUUUGUUCUCACAACCUGAACCUGCAGAUUUAUUUUCCACUGAAGACUCACAAAAAGAAAAAUCUUCAAAAGCUGCACAGGAAAAUUCCCAUAUUGAUGAGCCUCUUGAUCAGCAACUGGAAUCUCCUUUAGUGGGAUCUAUAACCAUGUUAUCUGCUAAACGGAAGCAAAUACUUCUGGAGGCUAAUAAUGUAUCUAGACAUUCACUAUGUAUGACUCCUUCCCCAAAACUGCCUGGUUCAUUGUUGAGGAAGGAAAACAUAAGAUUAGGUGAGAGUGUUUCAUCUCUUCUGAAAAGCAUUUCUAAGUUCAAGCUUAUUGAGUCCUCUCUACACACAUCUACUCUUAGCGAUGGAAUUGAAAAAUCAGAACAGAAGUUAUCAGAGUACCUUUCUGCAACUUCUCCCUUCCAUAAUGUUGUGGAAGAAACCAGCAGUGAUAUCCCACACCAACUUGUGGACGCUCCCAUUACUAAUUUAGAGAAGCUAUUUAGUGGUGAUAGGAAGAAUGGAGAACUCAAAAAUGAUAUCAACAUGUGUAGAGAUUGUAAUGAAACACCAAAGUACUUUGAUAACUUGAACCAAAAUCAAGAGAACAUGAUCUCCGGAAAAGAUGGAGAACCCCUGGAUCAUCCGUCUGAUAGCAUUUCUCAUGAAGUUAAACUUACAGAGAUGUUGGCAGGCAUGCCUUCAUAUUCGCAGUCUACAACAUCAGGGAAUAAAGUGAUGCAUCAGCACUUGGAGGCAAAAAAUGCCAUGAAGGUCAUGUCAGACAUUAGUGGAUGUGAAUCCUCCUCAUUGGAGGUCACACUUGAUCAUAAAAAAGAUCAGAAGCCAACCAAUGAUUGUAUUAAGAAUGUUUCUCCUCUAUUGAAGAGGUUAGACCGGAAGUUGCCACCAGCAGAACAAGGCAAUCUCUCUGGUGAUCUGAAGCAGCAAGUUCAGCCCCUAGGAAAUGUUGUCAUUGUUUCUGGACCAGAAGGAAGUUCAACGGAAUAUGCUACAACUAGAAGCCGUUUGACUGAAAUGGCUAAUAACUUGGACUCCUUUAGUUCACCCCUUAAUGAGGUUAACCUUAUCAAAGAAUUUACAUCAGUAAAGAGAGAGGAUGACAGAAAAAUCCUUCCAUCUGCUUUACAACAUGUUUCAGAAACUGUGAGGAACCUGCAAACCCCUUCAAGGGAUACAGGUUUGCCGAAAUAUCAUCCAGUAAGCAAGAAUUGCCAAAUUGCAAAUGACACAAUCCGGACAGUAGAGGAACCUCCUCAAGGAGGUCAUGAGCAUGCUUCUCAACUUGUUGAGAGAAAUCUGAAUGAGAAGUUUCAGCUGCUAGAUUUUGAGAAUUCUUCCGGACGGAAAAGAAGAAGUGAAGAAAUAGUUCUUGGAAAUGCAGAUAAUGCUUGUGAAAUCAAUUGGAUGCAGAGAAGGCCAAAAGUUCAUAAAAGUAGAGGUAACAAUUUGGAUUUAAAGCUGGAACAUUCUAAUAGAAAUGAUACUGGAAAUGAGAAGAUUGGAGUUGACACAAUCUUGAAGCUCUGGGCUGAUAUUUCACACAAAUUCUCAACAGAAACAAACCAAAUCCUUUCUCCAUUGAUUGAUAAACUCACUAUAAGAGCUAUAGAUGAGUUUGAAGAUAUUUUGGUUCACCUUCAGAAGGUUAAUAAAUAUGGGGUGCUUUGUUCAGAAAUACUUUCUCAGAAAAUACAUGAUCAGUCUGGAAAUAUUAGGCAUAAAAGAGUGGGUGAAGCAAGAUUAUUGCUUCAUAAAAUAGUAUACGAGAAGGCAAAGCUGCAGAUAUUGCAUGUGAAACAUGAAAAACUGCUGAAAAGUGCACAGCUAUUAAGCUCAGGAAUGCAGAAGUUUCACACUUUGAAGUUGAACUAUGUCAGAUAUUUGUCUGCGUCUGGUAAAAGGGAAAGUGUUAAUGAUAAGCUUCGAUAUUCCUCUUCUGCAAAUUUUGUAGACAAACAUGGGGUUGUUGCCAACAAAGUUAUCACAAGGAAACAGGAGGCCGGUGCUGUGGAUUGGAAAAUAAAGAAUUUAGUUAAAUCCUUGAACACUUAUUGUAAGACUAAAGGUGAUCUAAGCUGUGCUGACAUUAUUCCAUUACUUAAUGAUCAUCUUAAGAAGAGAGCGCUUUGCAGAUAUGUACGCCAGGAUCUGCUGAUGUGGGAAAUUGAUGAUUUGGAAAGAACACAUGGUCACAACAAUCUUGUCCUCAAUUACCAUGGCUUCAUCUGCCAGAGGUUCACAAUAAUUGCUGGUCCAGUUUCAAGUAUGGUAGUCUCAAACAAAGUGAAUGACAUAAAUAUUGAGAAGAACUUUCCAAACAUGGACGCCUGUGGAGCAUUUGCAUUUGUGUUUAAUGCUGAGUCCAGCAAGAGAAUGGUUGGUUCUAAGAAUUUGGUGAAAGAAACACAAAAAACCAGUUCACUUUUAUGUAAUCUUCUAGCAGUGGUUGAGGAGUUACAGCUAGCAAGGAUAGAGAUUAGAAAUUUGACACAGACAAGCUUUAACUCUCCAUCUGUUGAGCAGCUUGAUUUGCACCUUUGUUUCAUUGAUUUGAAUAGCGGUGCAAAAGUGACAGUGAUUCUUGAUAUGACUUGCUUGAGUCGUGGGAUUUAUCCUUCCGAGAUUCUCCCUUAUCAGCUGCAGUUCCCCUCCACUAAGAUUCUAAAUUCCCUGCCUGAGUUCCUGUCUGCUGAAAUAAAUGCUGCAAUUCCUAAUAUUACAAAUGGUUACUCGAGGAUUAUUAGAUUGUGCAGGCGUAUUUCUGAGGUGAUUCAAUCUUCAAGGGGGUGAUUAUAGACUGUUUAGAACUUGGUGAGAGUUGUACUUUUUUUUUUUUCCUUUUUUGUAUCAUAACAGUGAUUAAUCCACUCCUGCAAUUCUACCUAACGACAAUCUACCUGGAGAGUGAAUUAGGAGCAUAAUUUCGUUGAUCGCUCUUAGCUUUUGCCAAUGCAUUUAGUAUGUAGAUCAUUUGGCUUGUUUUUAGAUCUGAAGUGUAGAAUUGUGAGCUGUAUUCCUACUAAUGGAGUUGGCACGUAAAUAAUGGAAGACUGUCAGCUUGUGUCCGACCUUUUUUAAACUCCAGCAAGAAGCAAGCAAAGUCAGACAUUUUCGCUAAAAAGGUAUGACAUUAGUUGCUUUCGAAGUCAGGUCAGCAAUUGGGUAAGUCUGUCUUUGACAUUGGUGAUGGAGUGAAAAAUAAUUAGAUUGAGUUGUUAAAGUGUCUCCGUCAUAGUCGUGUUUUGAAUUGUAAAUAUAAGGACCACUAGGGGUGUGUGUGUGCGCGUGUGUGAUGAUGGAUGGACCGUUAGAUUAUAAAAUGUAUGAUGUUAUAUGUUUUUUUUCUCGGAAAUUGAAUUCCCUUGAAUUCAUAUUGUUCAUA